UCGGAUGUUAAUAUUAUAUAAAUAAAUAAAUAAAUAGCGAAUAACACAUAUCAGUUCAGAUCUCCUAAUUUCAUUUCAUCUCUGCACUCCCCCUUCUAAUCUCAUCAGUUAAGAAAUGGAGAAAUCUUGUACUCUGCUCGUUCACUUUGACAAAGGAACGCCUGCAAUUGCAAAUGAGAUUAGGGAAGCUCUCGAAGGCAAUGAUGUGCCUGCAAAAAUUGAUGCAAUGAAGAAAGCAGUUAUGCUUUUGUUGAAUGGCGAAACCUUGCCUCAGCUUUUCAUUACAAUUGUUAGAUAUGUAUUACCCUCUGAGGAUCACACAAUCCAAAAACUACUGCUGCUUUAUUUGGAGAUUAUUGAUAAAACUGAUGCAAAGGGAAGGGUCUUGCCCGAAAUGAUUUUGAUAUGCCAAAAUUUGAGGAACAACCUCCAGCACCCCAAUGAGUAUAUUCGUGGUGUAACUUUGAGGUUUCUUUGCCGCUUGAAUGAGACAGAAAUAAUUGAGCCAUUAAUCCCAUCUGUUUUGCAAAAUUUGGAGCAUCGGCACCCGUUUAUUAGGAGGAAUGCUAUAUUAGCUGUGAUGUCGAUCUAUAAGCUUCCACAUGGUGAGCAGCUUUUAGUUGACGCACCUGAAAUGAUUGAGAAGGUUCUUUCAACAGAGCAGGAUCAAUCGGCCAAGCGGAAUGCCUUUCUUAUGCUAUUUACUUGUGCCCAGGAUCAUGCGAUUAAUUACCUUUUGACCCAUGUUGACAGGGUCUUGGAAUGGGGUGAAUUGCUUCAGAUGGUUGUGUUGGAGUUGAUCCGAAAGGUGUGCAGAACAAAUCGAGGUGAGAAGGGGAAGUACAUUAAGAUCAUUAUAUCCUUAUUGAAUGCUCCUUCAACUGCAGUUGUUUAUGAAUGUGCCGGGACUCUCGUUUCUUUGUCAUCUGCUCCCACUGCUAUUAGAGCUGCUGCAAACACUUAUUGUCAGCUUCUUCUUUCUCAAAGUGACCACAAUGUGAAGCUUAUUGUGCUUGAUCAGCUGAAUGAGCUCAAGUCUUCUCAUAGGGAUAUUAUGGUUGAUUUGAUCAUGGAUGUGCUUAGGGCACUUUCUAGCCCAAAUCUUGACAUCCGGAGAAAGACACUUGACAUUGUUCUUGAACUUAUUACUCCCCGGAACAUCCAUGAGGUGAUUCUUACUUUGAAGAAGGAAGUUGUUAAAACACAGGGUGGAGAGCUUGAGAAGAAUGGUGAAUACAGGCAGAUUCUUAUUCAAGCCAUUCAUUCUUGUGCAAUUAAGUUCCCAGAAGUUGCAAGUACGGUAGUACAUAUGUUGAUGGAUUUCUUGGGAGACAGCAAUGUUGGUUCAGCUGUUGAUGUUGUUAUUUUUGUUCGAGAGAUAAUUGAAACCAACCCUAAACUAAGGGUUUCAAUAAUAACUAGGCUAUUGGACACUUUCUACCAGAUCCGAGCUGCACGUGUCUGUUCAUGUGCUCUCUGGAUCAUUGGAGAGUAUUGCCUGUCACUCUCUGAAGUUGAGAGUGGCAUUGCAACCAUUAAACAGUGUCUUGGAGAGCUACCUUUAUACUCAGUUUCAGAAGAUGGGGAAGAUACUGAUUCUUCAAAGAAGGCUCAGCAAGUAAACUCCUUUGCUGUUUCUUCCAGAAGACCAGCUGUUCUUUCUGAUGGCACCUAUGCUACACAGAGUGCUGCCUCUGAAACUGCUUUUUCCCCUCCUACCCUUGUUCAAGGAUCCUUGGCAUCUGGGAAUCUGAGAUCCCUGCUUCUCACUGGUGACUUUUUCCUUGGGGCAGUUGUGGCUUGCACACUGACAAAGCUUAUUCUAAGAUUGGAAGAGGUCCAGCCAUCUAAAGUUGAAGUGAAUAAGGCAUCUUCACAGGCAUUGUUGAUCAUGGUCUCCAUGCUGCAAUUAGGACAAUCUUUGGUUCUUCAGCAUCCAAUUGACAAUGACUCAUAUGAUAGGAUUGUCCUCUGCAUAAGAUUGUUAUGCAAUACUGGUGAUGAGAUCAGAAAAAUAUGGUUGCAAUCUUGCCGCCAGAGUUUUGUUAAAAUGCUCUCAGAAAAACAAUUACAGGAAACAGAGGAAAUUAAAGCAAAGGCUCAGAUUUCUUAUGCACAACCAGAUGACCUAAUUGACUUCUACCAUUUAAAGAGCAGGAAGGGUAUGAGCCAACUGGAGCUAGAAGAUGAGGUCCAAGAUGAUUUAAAGCGUGCAACUGGAGAGUUCAUUAAGGAGGGGGAUGAUGCAAAUAAGCUUAACCGCAUUCUCCAACUCACUGGAUUUAGUGAUCCAGUGUAUGCUGAAGCAUAUGUGACUGUUCACCAUUAUGAUAUUGUCCUUGAUGUUACAGUUAUCAAUCGAACUAAGGAGACCUUACAGAAUUUGUGCCUGGAGUUGGCAACCAUGGGUGAUCUUAAACUUGUUGAUCGUCCACAGAAUUAUACACUAGCUCCUGAAUCUAGCAAACAAAUAAAGGCCAAUAUCAAGGUUUCCUCGACUGAGACUGGAGUCAUAUUUGGGAACAUUGUUUAUGAGACUUCAAAUGUGCAUGAGCGAACAGUUGUUGUCCUCAAUGACAUUCAUGUAGACAUAAUGGACUACAUCUCUCCUGCAGUUUGUAGUGAUUCUGCUUUUAGAACCAUGUGGGCAGAGUUUGAGUGGGAAAACAAGGUUGCUGUCAACACUGUAAUUCAAGAAGAGAAGGAAUUCCUUGACCAUAUUAUCAAAUCAACCAACAUGAAGUGCCUCACUGCACCGUCUGCACUAGAUGGUGAGUGUGGGUUCCUGGCAGCCAACUUGUACGCUAAGAGUGUGUUUGGAGAGGAUGCUUUGGUGAAUCUGAGCAUAGAGAAGCAGGCAGAUGGUAAGCUGAGCGGCUACAUCAGGAUAAGAAGUAAGACCCAAGGCAUUGCUCUCAGUUUGGGGGAUAAAAUUACUCUCAAGCAGAAGGGUGGAAGUUAAUGCAGUCAACAUUAGUGUCACCUUUCUGUGUCAUCACUGGUUCUUGCUCUCAGUGUAGAAGGAUUAUGUCUGGCCUUCAGUUUUCAUCACAUCAUCAUUUUUGAAGCUAUACCAAAAUACUUUUAAGCAGUUGCUGCAACAAUUGCAGUAUUUCUUUUGAGUUCCCUCUAGACAGGAGUUUUGCUCGGAAUAUUCUUUUUCCAUAAAAAUUUAAUUGUAGCUAGUUUGUAACUUAAAGGUCGAUUCACAAUAUUGUACAAACUGUUACAAUAGUUUAUUACUAUAAACCAAUUUCUA